AUGGAGCAAGCCGCCGGGUGCCCUGCGGUGGGCGGCAGCUACCCGCAGAAAAAUGCCGAGAUCCUCAGCAGCCAGUACGGCAUCAACCUCUUCUUGGCCGGGCUGCUGCUCACCUUCGCCUGGGCUGUGCAUGCCGUGGGCAUCAGCAAGAGCCACCUGCUCUCCUACCUCAUCACGCUGAUGCUCAUCCAGCUGCUGUGGAUGCUGUGGUACCUCUGCAGGAGCUGCACGCAGAGGAGGCUGAUCCGGGACAAGGACACACACGCCGGAGCCCGCUGGCUGAAGUGUGGGAUUACAUUAUUUGCAGUGAUUACUUUAAUUCUGGACUCCUUCAAAAUUGGAUAUUAUAUUGAUUUUUCAAACUGUUUAUCACCAACUGAAGGUAUUUUUCCUGUUACACAUGCUGUCCACACCAUCUUACAGGUGUACUUUCUGUGGUGUCAUGCCAAGGAUGUUAUCCAGUCUUUCAAAACACUUGAAAGGUUUGGUGUUAUCCAUUCUGUUUUCACAAAUUUGCUCCUGUGGACAAAUGGUGUGUUAACGGAGUCAAAACAUCAGUUGAAUGAACAUAAGGAAAGACUAAUCACUCUUGGUUUUGGGAACAUAACUAUAGUUCUAGAUGAUCAUGCACCUCAAUGCAAUUGUACAACAACAACUCUCUGCUCGAUAUUUUCUCAAGGAAUAUAUUACCUAUAUCCCUUUAAUAUAGAGUACCACAUCCUCGCCUCCACAAUGCUCUAUGUCCUGUGGAAGAACAUUGGCCGUAAAGUUGAGCACCACCAGCAAAACAAAACUCCAUUCAAAUUCCAUGGCAUAACUGUUGGAAUGAUUUUUGGACUAAUCGUGUUAACUAGCACAAUAGCCAUAGUUGUCGUGUAUUUAAUUCAGAUUGGAGGUUCAAAAAUCAAGAGCGAGUUAGCACUCACUAUGUUUUAUUUGCACGCUAUCUUUGUGUUGGCUCUCAUGUGCACAGCUGGAACCGUCGCCCUUCUCAUCUACAGACUGGAAGAUAGAUCGCUGGAUAAUUCCAAGAAUCCUGCUCGAAAACUGGAUGCAGAACUGCUGGUGGGCACAGCUGCAGGGUCCUGGCUGCUCUCCUGGGGCUCGAUCCUCGCCAUUAUCUGUGCCCAAGGUCAUCCCAAAUACACUUGGUAUAACCUGCCCUACUCCGUUCUGGUCAUUAUUGAGAAAUACAUUCAGAACCUCUUUAUCAUUGAAUCCAUCCACCGUGAGCAGGAAAAGGUGAAUGACGACAUUAAAACUCUUCGAAUAGUGACCAUAUCUCGGGGGAGCACUUUGUCCCUCACCCCCUUGUACAAAGAGGUUUACAAUGGCAGAGCUGCUCGUGACAGUGGUGACAUACCCUGUCUGUUUAAGGGCAGCAUCUGUGGGAGAGAAAACGAUGGUGCUGAUGUUGCCAGAGAAGAAACGAGUCAGGACAAUAGUUUGGUCAUGCAGUCAGCCUCAGAUUUCUCAUUUUACAGUAGAAACUCAGUUACUAACAGCAAGAGGAGAAUUUUGAAGAACAUCGCUGCAUUUUUAUUCCUCUGCAACCUUUCGCUGUGGAUACCACCGGCAUUCGGGUGCCGCCCGGAAUAUGACAAUGGACUAGAAGAAAUAGUUUUUGGCUUUGAACCCUGGAUAAUUGUUGUGAACCUUGCGAUGCCUUUUUCUAUUUUCUAUCGGAUGCAUUCAGCUGCCUCGCUCUUUGAGGUCAAUUGUAAAACAUAG